AUGGCCCAGACGCUCGCAGCUUCCACACAGGCCGUCCUGCCCAGCCCGCGCCUCCCGCUGAUGCGCUCCUGGGAGCGCCGCCUGGCUGUGGGCCGCCUCCUGGACUGGCCACCGAGCGCUCCCCGGAGCGCUGACCCCCGGCGCUUCCAGGUGCUGGAGGCCCGCAGAGCCGCGGCCGCCGCCCGCCGGGCGGGCAUCCGCAUCUUCGCCGUGGGCGUCGGGGAGGCGCUGAGGGAGGAGCUGGAGGAGAUGGCCUCGGAGCCCACGUCCGCCCACGUCUUCCACGUGUCCGACUUCGACGCCAUCGACAGGAUCCGGGGCCAGCUGCGGCGGCGUCUGUGUGAGAACGUGCUGUGUCCGAGCGUCCGUGUGGAGGGAGAUCGCUUCAGGCUCACCAGCGGGGGCACCAAGGAAAUCACAGGUUUCGACCUGAUGGACCUGUUCAGAGUGCAGGAGGUCGUGGGCAGGACAGAGCACGGAGCUCAGGGCUCCUAUGUCCGCCUGGGCGCCUCCCCGGUGCUGCAGAGGACAGAGGACGUGUUCCCGCAAGGCCUGCCGGACGAGUAUGCCUUUGCCGCCACCUUCCGGUUCAGGAAGACGUCCCGGAGGGAAGACUGGUACCUGUGGCAGGUCUUCGACCAGUACGGCAUCCCGCAGGUCUCCAUCCGGCUGGAUGGCGAGAACAAGGCGGUCGAGUACAACGCGGUGGGAGCCGUGCAGGACGCCGUCAGGGCGGUCUUCCGCGGGCCCGAGGUGCACGGCCUCUUCGACCGGGAGUGGCACAAGGUGGCCCUGAGCAUCCAGGCCCACAGCGUCUCCCUCUACAUCGACUGCUCCCUGGUGCAGACGCUGCCCAUCGAGGACAGGGAGAACAUCGACAUCCGGGGGAAGACGGUGAUCGGCAAGCGCCUCUACGACAGCGUGCCCGUCGACUUUGACCUGCAGCGCAUCGUGAUUUACUGCGACUCCCGACACGCGGAGCUGGAGACCUGCUGUGACCUCCCUUCGGGCCCGUGCCAGGUGACCGUGGUGACGGAGCCCCCGCCCUGGCCCCUGCGGCCCCCCAGCUCUGGCAGCGAACACAUCGGGUUCCUGAAGACCAUCAACUGCUCCUGCCCCGCCGGACAGAAGGGCAGAGGGCCUUUUGUCCACGGAGAAAAGGGUGAAAAGGGCUCCCUGGGCCUGCCGGGGCCCCCCGGGAGAGACGGCAGCAAAGGCAUUCGGGGGGAGCCAGGAGAGCCGGGGGAGCCGGGGCUGCCCGGUGAGGUGGGCAUGCGGGGACCCCAAGGACCACCUGGGCUUCCUGGACCUCACGGACACCUCGGGGCUCCCGGUCUGCAGGGAGAACGGGGUGCGAAGGGAGCCCAAGGAGAAAAGGGGCAGCGAGGCCUGGACGGGUUUCCCGGGAAGCCCGGGGGGACAGGAGAGCAGGGAAGACCUGGCCCCCCUGGCGUGGCCGGACCCCAGGGACAGAAGGGCGACGUGGGGCCCGCGGGCCCGCCGGGCGUUCCGGGCUCCGUGGUGCAGCGAGACGGCCUGAAGGGCGAGCAGGGAGCUCCCGGUCCACGAGGUCACCAGGGCCCACCAGGGCCACCAGGAGCUCCGGGCCUGAGGGGUCCACAAGGCAAGGAGGGGCCUCCCGGCUUGCAAGGACUCCAGUGCGGGACCCUGCACACACAGGAGUCAGCCCUUCGAGGGGCCACGGGGCCACCGGCACACCGGCCUUCAAAGCUUAUCUUUGGGCAUUUGGCCAGAGAACCCGACACCCCGAGUGCGGCCGUGUCCCUCGGGGCGCUGCUUGUGACGGCGGAGAUGUGGCAGCAGCAAGCCGGGCGCUGCGGAGGGAGGGCUGGAGCCAGCAGAGGUGGUGCCGCCUCUGUGGAGUACUACUCGGCCCUGAAGAAGGCGCCCGCUGCCGGUGACAGCAAAGGGAAGGAGCCGGAGGGAGAGCGGUGCAGGGGAGCGAGCGAGCGGCAGAUAGCGGGCAUUGCGCAGGAGGCAGCCGGCAAGGGUCCUCCAGGCCCCCCUGGACCCGGAGGCCCCCCGGGUUUGCCAGGAGAGAUCGGCUUCCCAGGAAAACCCGGGCACCCGGGGCAGGCGGGGUCUCCGGGAAAGGACGGGCCGCUCGGACCGCCGGGCCUACCAGGACCCAAGGGAGAGUCCGGAGACAGAGGGGACGACGGCCUGCCGGGGACGCCUGGCCCUCGGGGCGAAGUUGGGGAGCCAGGUCUGGCAGGCCAGCCCGGAGAGAAGGGAGCCGCAGGUCUGCCCGGCGCCCCAGGACUCCCGGGCCGGAGGGGAGAGAAGGGGGAGCAGGGGGAGAGAGGCGGCCUGGGCCUCCCGGGGCUGAAAGGGGACCGAGGAGACAAGGGUGAGGCUGGUCCAGCCGGGCCCCCUGGAUUACCUGGAACAAUGUCCCUGUUCACGCCGCGCCCGAGGGUGCCCGGAGAACAAGGGCCCAAGGGUGAGAAGGGCGAGCCCGGCCUGCCCGGAGAAGCGGGGUCACAGGGCCACCCUGGAGAAUUGGGGCCGCAGGGACCUGCUGGGCCACCGGGUGCCAAGGGAGAAGACGGUGCUCGCGGGGUGCCUGGAGCUGCUGGGAACCCCGGCGCGCCUGGACCUGCAGGCCCCCCGGGCCCCAGUGGAGCCCCAGGAGAUGCGGGCCCCCCUGGCAUCAGAGGCUCCCCUGGGAAAGACGGGGCGCGGGGAGAGAAGGGAGCAGCAGGUGAAGAAGGCAGCCCAGGGCCAGCUGGGCCCAGAGGUGACCCUGGUGCUCCCGGGCUCCCUGGACCAUCAGGAAAGGGGAAGGAUGGGGAGCCGGGACUUCGCGGACCACCUGGAUUACCUGGACCCCUGGGAACCAAGGGGGACCGAGGCGCACCUGGGGUUCCUGGGCCUCCUGGCAGCCGUGGUGACCCGGGCAUCGGGGUUGCUGGGCCUCCUGGCCCCUCUGGACCGCCUGGACACAAAGGGCCCCCGGGAUCUCGAGGCUCACCCGGAUUCCCCGGCCCCCAGGGACCUGCCGGCCAGGACGGCGUUCCAGGAACUCCAGGAGAAAGAGGGCCUCCUGGCAAACCAGGCGUCUCUCCACUGCUGUCUCCAGGGGACAUAAAUCUCUUGGUUAAGGACGUGUGCCACGACUGCCCUCCUGGGCCCCCAGGCCUCCCUGGGAUGCCAGGCUUUAAAGGGGACAAAGGUCUCCAGGGAAAGCCGGGGAGAGAAGGCCCAGAAGGGAAAAAGGGAGAUGCUGGGCCCAGAGGCCUCCCAGGGCCCCCAGGGAUAGCUGGACCUCAGGGAAGCAAAGGAGAGCACGGUGCGGAUGGCCAGCCUGGGCAGAAAGGGGAUCAGGGUCAUCCUGGAGUUCCUGGCUUCAUGGGGCCCCCAGGGAACCCGGGGUCACGGGGUGUGGCUGGGGCAGCAGGCGCUGGGGGGCCACCAGGAACCCAGGGAGCACCGGGGAAAGAAGGUCCUCCCGGCCCCCAAGGCCCACCUGGAUUACCUGGAAUCCCAGGAGAAGAGGGCAAAGAGGGCCGAGACGGGAAGCCAGGCGUCCCGGGAGAGCAGGGCAGCGCGGGAGAGCCGGGUCUGCCGGGACCGGAGGGCGCGCCGGGGCCCCCGGGCUUCAAGGGACACACGGGGGACCCAGGAGCCCCUGGUCCCCGGGGAGAACCUGGUGCCACGGGGCCGCCCGGCCGGGAAGGAUCUCCUGGGAAAGAUGGCGACGCCGGACCUGCAGGCCCACAGGGCCCCCAAGGAGCCAGGGGUCCGCCGGGCAAGAGUGGAUCUCCUGGCUCCCCCGGAGACGCUGGUUCUCCAGGAAGCCCGGGACAGAAGGGGAGCAAAGGAGAAAACGGCAGCCCGGGACUUCCUGGCUUCCUGGGCCCCCGCGGGCCCCCGGGGCAGCCUGGAGAGACGGGAGGCCCCGGCAAGGAGGGCGCCCCUGGGAAGCCCGGAGAGCCAGGACUCAGAGGCCAAAGGGGAGAUCCCGGCAUCAGAGGUGACAAAGGACCUCCUGGUGGGAAGGGCCAGCCGGGGGACCCCGGAGCCCCAGGCCACAAAGGCCACACGGGCCUGAUGGGACCCCAAGGACCGCCAGGGGAGAAUGGGCCAGCCGGGCCCCCGGGGCCGCCCGGCCAGCCAGGAUUCCCAGGACCCAGGGGGGAGUCUCCAUCCCUGGACACCCUGAGGCGGCUCGUCCAGGAGGAGCUCGGGAAACAGCUGGAAGCCAAGCUCGCCUACCUCCUGGCCCAGAUGCCCCCUGCACACGUGAAGGCGGCUCAAGGCAGGCCUGGGCCCCCCGGGCCCCCCGGCAAGGACGGGCUUCCUGGCCGUACAGGGCCCAUGGGGGAGCCGGGACGGCCCGGGCAGGGGGGCCUGGAAGGACCCUCGGGACCCGUGGGCCCCAAAGGUGAGCGAGGAGCCAAAGGUGACUCAGGUACGCCUGGAGUUGGCCUCCGAGGCGAGAUGGGCCCCCCUGGAAUCCCAGGACAACCUGGAGAACCUGGUUAUGGCAAAGAUGGGCUCCCCGGGGGUCCCGGCCCCCAGGGGGACACAGGACCAGCUGGACAUCCCGGCCCCCCCGGGCCUCCGGGGCCCCCUGGCCAGUGUGACCCUGCCCAGUGUGCCUACUUCGCCAGCCUCGCCGCCCGCCCUGCGAAUGUGAAGGGCCCCUAG